AUGGCUAAACGCGCGGCAUCUGGUGAUGAUCAACCUGCCCCAAAGCAUGCCAAACUUGACAAAAGGAAUUGUCAAACAGCACCAUCACCACGGGAGGACGUGAAUGCAUGGCACAUUCUGGAACGGUUCCUCACCACCGAAAUGACAUACCCCGAGAUGGACGACGCGCUUCUAUCGUACCUCGGUGAUCAAUACUCACCAGACGAUUGGAAGGAUGCCCGUGUGGCAUUGUUCUCUGGUGACAGCGAUGACUGUGUUGCGUUAUCAAAUCUUCGCAUCUUAAUGGCUGCGAACCUAUCUCAAAGUUUAUCAGAUACGGCGAGCAUGGCAAAAGAUUCACCCAUAGCUACCUCUGCGUCGAGAAAGGAAGUCCGAAGGGCUAAGGAUAGUCGGACACCUAGGAAUUUCAGGCGCUUUAUUGACGACGAAGCAGGGGAAUCCGAAGACGAGGAGGAUGAGGAGGGGGAGGAGGGGGAGGGGGAUGUUGGAGAUGGCCCCUCUGUGCGAUCACACAAUAUUACAAGUGUGCCAGGACCAUUGGCCAAACUUAAGUUGGCUGUAGCGAUCGAUAGUAUUUUUGACAAGUACGAUCAGGCCCCGCAGAGCUCUUCAGAACGAUGCCUCCCAUACAGAGCCGCCUGGUCCCCCGGCACCAUUGAAAGCAGGAUGUAUCUCCUUAUUGUUCACAGAACUGCUACACGAUAUAUUGCCGAACACCUUCGGGCCAAAAAAUUUCCUGUAACUGUGUCAGCUUGGCUACCUGGCCAGCUUUACGUGGUUUCAGAUAGCCCCAAAACGAUUGCAGCAUCGCUCCCGCCCUCCCAUAGUCUCUCCAUGAAGGAGUAUCUUCAUAUCUCCCAAGAAGAAUGCGAAAUGGUGGAAUGUUCGAACAUCCAACUUCCCAACCCAUUGUGGGUGAGGAUUAAACAUGGCAAGUACAAGGGGGACAUCGGCUACAUCUUCAAUCCCGAUCAAUCAGACCUUUUCGUCACGGUCUUGAUCCCUCCACGAGAAUUUCCCUAUGACAUGCCUCAAGGGUCUGUAGCACUCCUCGACCAGUCCCGCCUGCCAAAAGACAAUACUGUGUCUGAUAUCCUUCUUGAUGGGGAUGUUGUAGGGUGUUUGUACAAAGGACAACGAUACUACAGGGGGCUUUUACUCAAAAACUGUCUGCGCUAUUCCAUUGAACUCGUCGCCUCCCCUCACGUUGAUGACAUCCGACUGCAUGUGCAAUCCAGGUGGGACAAAGACUUUGUGAAGAACACUAUUGCGGCGUUUUCGAUGCAGUUCUUAUGCAAAGGUGAUGCAGUUAGAGUUACCAAAGGAGAAGUUCACUCAGAGAUCGGUACAGUCGUUUCGACACACCACAUGUCUGGUACUGUGUGCCUAGAAUAUAGAGCGCAUAUUUUGGGUGGGAGUGCGGUUAGAGUUGUAGCAGGGUUGUACUCGGGUUUAGAAGGUCAUAUCAUUCAAGCAAACAACGGGGAUAUUUUCGAUGUUUGUCAAGAUGUCUCUCAAGAAGUGGUUCAGGUAUCUAAGUACUACUUGGAUCAUCGUCCGCCGAAUUACACAUAUCAAUCAUGGCUAUCCACGCAACAACAUUUCGAGCACUGCUUCGACGAAUCUAUCCAAGUUGGCGACUAUAUCGAAGCUCUCUUCGGAGAGCACACAGGCAAAUGCGGAGUUGUGGUUUGGUUCCCUGCAGGAGAUACGCAACUGUGGUUCCGGUAUGCAAACAUCGGGACCAAGGACAACACUGAGUACAGUCCAAGACCACCGAUUUUCCAAGUUCCUGCCACAUUGGUCCGGCGGACGGGCUUGUCGCAGACUUUGAAAUACACGAAGGAAAAAGGUUUUGAUGUGAAACCUGGAGAUGUCAUGAGAGUCACACGCGGGCCGGAGUAUCAGGUGAAAGGAGUCGUGCAGAGUGUUGACUUCCCAAAGGCUCGGUUGACACUGUUAUCUGAGAGUGAUCGCUCGCUCGUUGACGUUCCGAUCGACUUCGUGAUGAAGUUACGCAAUGCGCCCUUAGAUUCUUUCAAAGAUGUCAUUGGCCAAGAAGUGUUUGUCAUUGGAGGUGGCCGAAAGGGCUACCGAGCCACGUUAUACAGUAUUGGGAGCGAGUCUUGUACUGUUGCUGUGCAUGGGCAGGCGCGUACUGAAUGCAAACGACAUGACGUCGCCACAAGGUAUGGAAUGAGGUUGGACGGUGUGAUGCUUGAAGCGUCGGACUUGAUGUCAUUCUGCGACAUGCGAAAAAGGUCAUACUUAAAGUCGCCACCACGAAGAUUCACCACCCCUCCUCCAGACCCUGUUCCCUCCGAGCUGCCUAGUUCUAUCAACCCAGAUCCCAGUUUGUCAUUAUCCAUAUGGACUAACUGGAGCGCCAGCCUCACGGAUAUCAAUGCUGCCCAUGAUCCUUCGUCAAUCGCCACGUCCAGCUCAGAUCCCUGGACUUUCAAUGCCCAGGACAUGCAAGAUAACAUCUCCUCCAUGGUGGAGCAAGUUAAAGACAACGGCCCGCUACCUUGGUUGAUGAGCAAAGAGUUUUCUUCGCUGUUACUGACAUAUCACGCGGUAUUCAGAGUCUCACCGAGCUUCAUGGGAGGGAGACUUCACAAACCCGCACCCGAGGAUUCUGUCGCAGUAUUUUGCACAUCCAACAACGUAGGGGCCGCUGUUCAACAGUACCAUAUCCCCGCCAAGUAUCUAAGCCCAGCGCCUCCACGCAAGAAAAAUCAAUGGUGCCUCAUUCUGGACGGGAAAUCUCAUGGCCAGAUACUGACUAUCUCGAAGUGUAACGUUAAGCAAAACACUGCCGAGUUUGUGAUUGAGGGUGACACUGGCAUUACUUUGCAUUUUGAUCAAAUAUGUCUUGUCAAACAAGCCCAAUAG